AUGAAAAACAUAAAGACACCAACAACAACAGAAAACUUAGAAAAUUUUUUAUUCCAAGAGAAUAAUUGUCUCGACAAUAUUCAAACAGUACGAAAUGAAAGAGCUGGUCUCGAUAAUAAAUUUACAAAUGAUAUGAAGACAAUUUAUCUAAAUACUUUUAUUAAUGAUGGUGACUAUUCACAGCUGGUCAAAAGUAAUGAAGGAUUAGCUGACGACGGAAAAAUUAUUUUGAAUUCUAAUAACGAAGGUCGUUCACGAGUUCAACUUCGAGCAUUCAAGCUGGUUGAUUUUGGUGAUGAGUCAACCCCAAAAGAUGAAAAGGCAAAAAAACCAGAUUCAUUAUUAUCGAGUUCAGAUGAAACUAAAUAUAAUCAAAAAGAGUCCCUUGCGAUAGUUACAAAGAACAUUCAUGAUUUAGCGUUAGAUUCAAAAGAAUCAACAAUGAUCGCACAAAAAAGGCUCCGAUCUCUACAUCAAGAUAUUUUGGACGUGCGUAAAAAAUUGCGCGAAACAGAUCUCACAACAGUCGAUGUCAAGGAAACAUUAAUAGCUACAAUAAGCCUAGGUCACGAUUUCUUUCAGACAAAAUCUCGAUUCAAGAUUCUCGGACUCGAAACAAUGAAUAGAGAAAAUGAUUAUUAUUUAAAUUCUCAGUUGAUUGAACAAAUACGGACUGAAAUGAUGGAACUUGAGGAAUAUUUUCGCUACCAUAAUGAAAGAGCGAUUGACAAUGCGAUGCAUUUCCUUAUCAAAGAACAAGGACUGAGUGGGUUCAAGGAAGGGUUUGAGGUAUUGUCAAAACUUUUGCCUCGAAUGGCCGAACAGAAAGAGAAAAUGUAUAUUAAUUGGAUUGAAACCGAAGAGGAGUAUUGCAAUAUGAAAUAUUUAGCAAGUGACUCGGGAUUGGAUUAA